AUUUUUUAUACUAAAGUGAUAUCCAUUUUACUUGCAUCAACUAUGGCUCACAAUGUAUUGCUAAAGCUAUGAUUUUGAUGCCCCGCCCCCCGCCACAGGUGGCGGUCAAUUGCUCAGGCACUUGCGACGACGCCAUCAGCAUCGACGUGGACCACUGCUGGCUGAUUCGAUGAAACCAUACAUCAAAACUGAUACACGAGCCUACUUGGAAUCGACACUCAAAGGCGAUUCUCUGCGAUAAGACCAAUUUCAGCAACCACAAUUCUUUCAUUCGAAAAUGUUGAUACAGUAAAUCAUCGUCUUUGUGCCCACUACCAACCACUCACUACUUACGCCUGCUUUGUAAUGGCAUCCUCGACGGACGCGGCAGGCCAGAAGGCCGUCGCCACUAUCCGUUACAAGAUCGCAACGGCUUCAGGAGACGAAAACAAGCUCAGCGAAGUGCUCCAGUCCCAGCUGGUUCCUCUACUCGAAAAGGCUGGCAGUCCCCACAAGAGCGUUCGAGAUGCAGCAUUUCAAGCGUACAUAAGCGUGACUAAACUCAUUCAGCCUCCAAGUGUCAUUUUACCUGUCACUGCUCUACUCGAACAAUACAAGAGGGCUGUUUCGCCAGUGGUGAAGCAGCUAGACCUUGGCUUGAUCAAAAAGGGCCUACUUCGUUUAAAUCAGCAGAAGCGCCGUGAACUCCUUCCUGUGGUGGCGCGCGGCAUCUCGAAGGAGACCAAUCCAUUAAGCGCCUCCAAUUUCUUCAUCAUUCUGCUGCGUCUUCUCCUAGAAAUCAAGAUUCCGCCCCGAGGAAGCAGAAACGACCUGGAAUUUCGAGAAUCUAUCGGAUUUUCUGAUGCGCAAGAUGCCAAGUACAUCUCACAAUGGCUGGGCAAACUAUUCCUUCUGAGACAGGACAUAGCUUUGUUGCCAUCUACGAAUCUUGAAAAUGGUCUUCUGUCCAGUCCAGUCGGGUUGACCAGAGAUGACAUAGAAUUCCUCCGGAGUAGCGACCCAAAGACCUGGAACCCUAAAGAGGCUGGCAGCCUUGGAUUGCCAGAAUGCAAGCUGAAAGCAGUGACACUCUUGGCAAGCGGUGCUUUUACUGAGGAAGAACGCUUUUUGCCGACUCUUCACGCUGCCGGGUUGGCGGACUCAAGAAUUACCUCGGUUGCAGAUGAUGUUUUAAAGCGAUCGAACGUGCAGUUGGAAGACCAUGAAGUCGUCCAGACCCUGUUCCAAGCACACCUCAAGCUCCCCGCACCACACAGAAUACAGAUCCUUCGGAUACUUUCCAAGUCAGUGGCUGCGUGCUCUAUGAGAACCCAAGUUGUUGAAGCUGUCCGAGCUGAUUUCCAGCUCACCUCUGGGGAGACUGCGGUAGUCACCGGUCUAGAAGCUUUGAGAUUACACAAGGCCCUUCUGGCCUUCCUUGCAUGGAUUGCGAGGAAUAGCUCAGGUCAAUCAGCCAAGGAUAGCGAGAUGGGACCGAGUCUUGUCUUACUACUUAAAGACUACAUUCUCAAACAGGGGUGGCCAAGCCCAAUACCUGCGGCUAACCAAUCGCAAUACCAAGACGAACAACGAUUACGUGCAAAUGCCUACGAGACAAUAGGCACAUUGGCCAGAGGCAGUCAGUUCGAGCACAAAGCCAAAGAUUCACUAUUGAAAUGGUUAUUUGAUUCACUUGUAUCGGACCCGAGCUCAGAUAUCGUGGUUUAUAUCGAGAGCGCCCUGUCAAGCAUGAUGGACCUGUUCAAGUAUAAUAGCGAGGCUGAGCAGCGGGACCUUGAGAUUGUUCUCCUCGAAUUCAUGACAUUUCCGGAUAGGCAAGGUAUUCGAACAGCGAGACAUGUCGCCACACGUUUUGCCAAUAAUUGUCUGCCAUAUAGUAACGUGAAGGCACGGUGGAUUAACGUUCUGGCGCUCGGCAGCGGUGGCCUCGAACGCCGCGAUGUUAUGGAGGAGGGACAGAAAGGCUUAGAUCCAUGGUGGGCAACCAAACUCCAUCCCGAGGAGGGCUUGACUCUGCCCAGCUGGGCGGAACUGGCAGACGUAUUCUUCGAUGCCCAACCCAAGGAUCUCGGUGCUGAUGACAUGGUCAUAGAUCAGAAAUCGGCUUACUCUUUGUUUACGAACGAAAGGUUAAAAGCGUUUCCUGUAGCGAUCAAGUACGUCACGCGAAUUGUUUUUUUGACUGGCUUGAACGAGUCGAGACCGGAGAUCGACUGGGAGAGUCAGUUAGAUAAUCGGCUGGCAAACGAUCUUCCCACGCAUGCCUCACUGAGAAAAUACAUGGCUGAAGUUAAUCAUCAGUCCCUCCGAAGACUGCUAGAUGCCGCAUUCGACGGUCUUCGUGAUCACCCAGAUAUUGGGGCCGAAGAGUGCAUACAGUCAAUAACAGACUUGUUGUCAUUUUCACCAACUGGUGCUGUCAUCACAAAAGUUGCGAACAGAGCACCGGAGCUUCUCGUGUUGGCCAAGUCUCACAAUCAAAAGAUUAGACAGUUGGCAGCCAAAACCUUUGGCAUACUUGCGCCUUGGAGCAAUCAAACACCAUCGCUUAUAUCACAGCUUCGCAAGUUUUUGGAGUCAUGUCCAGAACCCACGGCUUCUCAAGCUGCUGAGUACCAAGGUUCUUUAGCUUUCCUUGGCAGUUACUUUUCUCGAGCUGCCCUAUAUGGCAAAGUGCAGCCUGUAGAUGCGUCCGAGCAUGUGGACUACAUCUUUGCGUUGUUUUCAUCCAUAUUAAAAAGACCAGAUCAAAGCAUCAAGGACACAGCGCUUCUCACAGUCUCGCAGUUAUGGGCUGCGAACAUGGGGCUGCCUAGAACAGAAGAACUUUUUACGGAAUAUGCCGAUGCUUUACAGACACUUGCAAAGGCGCACAACGAGAAAGCCAUCACUGCGCUUGGAAGAUUGGCGAUACCUUCCGCUAUCACAAACGAUAAUGUUGUAAAGGUGCUAGAGAUCUUGUUCGGACUGUAUGAGAUCAAACGAACUGAGGUGCAUUUUGCCACGGGCGAGGCGAUUGCAGCAGCAAUCGCACGUUGGGAGUCAGAAUCUAUGCAACUACGUCUUGAUGUCGAACCGGUGGAUUUGAAUAGCACAGAAAGGCUAAGAGGCCUGGGUAAACGACCCGAUCACAUUUCCUCGACCCUUGAGAGGCUGAUCACUGAUUGCAAAACUACGAAGCCGUCCCUGCUCAAGGCUAGUGGUAUUUGGCUCUUCUGUCUUAUUCAGUAUUGUUCUCACCUAGAGGAGGUUCAAACUCGGCUGCGAGAAUGCCAGGUCGCAUUCACCCGCCUUCUCAAUGCAAGAGACGAGCUCGUGCAAGAAACUGCCUCCAGAGGUCUAUCGCUAGUGUACGAAAAGGGUGACCCUUCCCUUAAAGGAGAUCUAGUCAGAGAUCUAGUGGCUACAUUCACCGGGACUAAGACGCAACUCAAGGUUGACGAUGACACAGAGCUUUUUGAUGCUGGUGCUUUGCCCACUGGCGAAGGCAAAUCCGUUACCUCCUACAAGGAUAUCAUCAGCCUUGCCAACGAGGUGGGAGAUCAGAGUCUAAUUUACAAGUUCAUGGCUCUUGCAACCAAUGCGGCAACUUGGACAGCUCGCUCGGCCUUUGGGCGAUUCGGAUUGAGCAACAUCUUGUCCGACGCUGAAUUGGACCCAAAGAUAUAUCCGAAACUAUACCGCUAUCGAUUUGAUCCCAACUCAAAUGUCAGGCGGUCUAUGGACGAUAUCUGGAAAGCCGUUGUCAAAGAUCCAGUCUCGACGAUUGAUAAAUACUUUGAUGCCAUCAUGGCCGAUCUCUUGAAAAGUAUUCUCGAUGGUCGGGAGUGGCGAGUAAGAGAGGCCAGCUGUGCUGCGAUCGCAGAGUUGAUUUAUGGACAGCCUUUCCCGAAAUAUGAGAAAUACUACACAGACAUCUGGAAAGUGGCACUCAAAGUGCUUGAUGACCAGAAGAGUAGCGUCAGGGCCGCUGCUCUGAAAAUGUGCAUGGGUCUGUCAAAGACGUUGGUGACGCAACUCACCGAGAAUAAUUCCUCUUCCUCUUCCAAAGCCAUGAUAUCACAGGUUUUGCCCUUUCUGCUUUCGGAGAAGGGCAUUGAGAAUUCCGUCCAAGAAGUCAAGGUCCUGGCGAUAACGACUGUCCUUGACGUGGUGAAGAAUGGAGGAGACACUCUGAAACCUUUCAUUCCUACAAUCAUCACGCAUUGCCUUGGCUUGCUUGGAACCAUUGAGCCAGAGGCCAUCAACUAUUACUAUCAACGAGUCGGAGAACAAGAUCGUGAGGAGCUGGAUAAAAUGCGCAGCAAUGCAGCAACUCGUUCGCCGAUGUUUGAGUGCAUCUCGAACUGUCUACGCUUCGCUGACGAAAGUGUCAUGAAGGAACUCGCACCUCAGCUGGCUCAAACAAUCAGAUCGGCGAUUGGUAUGCAGACCAAAGUCGGAUGUAGCGAAGUCCUGGCCACACUAGCAUUGCGGCACAGUAUACUGCUACCCCCAUACAACGCGACGUUUUUAAAAAUAAUGGAGGCCCAGGUUCUCGAUCGAAAUCACGAGGUCAGCAAAGCAUAUGCACGCAGCGCGGCAUAUCUGACCCGAACGGCCUCUGCGGAGACUCGUGACCGUUUCACUUUGAGACUCGCCGAACUGUACUACGCGGCCGAAGAUGACAGUAGGCGACAGAAAAUUGCAGAUUCUGUCCUGGCAAUUGCAAAGAUAUCGCCGGAUGUGUUCAUCGAAUUGGAGUCUCAGUUGCUUCCAUUUGCUUAUCUUGCCAAGCACGACACGGACGAUUAUGUAUCGGAAGAGUUCAAUGCUGUCUGGGAUCAACACGCGGGGGGUGGCCAUACCGUGAUGCGUUUUGUCGAUGAAAUUGUCAGGUUCGUCGCCAAAGCACUGGAAACUUCCAAGUGGGCGUUACAGCACGGUGGCGCACUUACCAUUGCGUCUAUGGUGUCGGCGCUCAGUAAUGUAGUUGGUAAGGGUGGCCAGUUCGGCGAGGGAAAUUUGCACAAGAUCUGGCCGGUCCUGGAAAAGGCUCUCGCGCUCAAGACGUUCAAGGGCAAGGAGAAGCUGGUGACAGCUUAUCCGACCUUUAUCCAGCACAGCAGGAAGCUAUGGAGCACAGAUCCGGGUUUUGCGACCCAGACAAAGAAGAUCGCGAUUCGCGAAGCAAAGCGCAACAAUGAAGAAUACAGACCGCAUGCUUUCGAGGCGUUGGCUGAGUUUGCUGCUGCGCGGGAUGACGUGGACAUGUACACCGAGGUUGUCGGGGUGGUUUCCGAGUAUCUGAGUCCUGAUGUCGAUACCAGCCACAGCUUUACGGAGCUGGAGAGAAACACCACUGCCGCAGCACUCAAGGUGGUCAUGACGGCCUAUAGCAGGCCGAGGAUGCAAUCAGAUUCCCCGGGUGUGCUUUUGGAGAUUAUCUCUUCCGUUGAAGACGCGAAGAAGGCACCAACAAUGGCUAGAGACACCUUCUUCACAUGCGCUACGGAUUUGUUCAAGGCGGCAACUACCCCUGAGAGCAGCAAGGCCCCGGGUUCUAGCUCGACCGCGUCAAGAUGGUUGACCGCACUCGUCGCGGAAAAAGACGUGGUCAUGGUGGAGAACCAACGCACAGCUCGUGCAAAGGCACUGAUCGCUUUUGCAGAGGCUUUGAACAGGGAUGUUUUUGGUGCCGUUGAGCCGUCAACCGUGGUAGGGAUGCGUGAAAAGAUAGGCAAUCUUAUUGGAGAAGAGAGAUCGUUGGAUGUAGAGAAGUUGUUGAAGCAGGCUGUAGUGAAGUUGGACGGGUGAUUGGACUGGUAGAUUUCAGACUAUAGAGCUCAGAGUCAAGUGGUCAUGUAGCCUAGAGGCCACAGGAAUCGGCGGCCCUGAGGGAUCACAAUGAACAGGUCUCUCUUGAAGAUGCAACCAGCGUUCAGUCUCUUGUGCUGAUAAUUUUUUUUAAUAUAUAUUUGUCCUUCAGGAGGGUUGGAUUCUAGACUCCUCUAAGAAGUACAUGUACGGGUGAGCAAAAGACUAUUUACAUACAGGUGCAGCAAGCGAGUCGAAAGGCAACCAUGAGCCCCCACAUGGCGGGCAUGGGGCGCUACAUACGCGUAGGGCAUCGGGAGUGUUGGGUGCCAUUGAGGGGGCGGGGGGCGCUGUGCUCCAGUCCAGGCGUACAUACAGUAGGUUAGGGAGGUAGGCAAUAAAUAG